AUGUUCCAUAAUAAAUGUAUCAAAAAUGAAGCAGUGUUAUUUUAGAUUUAAAUUUGGUAAAAGAAAAGUUAUAAAAAUUCUUAAAUAACAUAGGAAUAAUACUUAUUUCCAUUGAUAGUGAAAAUUGUAAUAUUUUCUACAAUUUUAAGUAAAAAGUUAAUAUCGAUCAUUCAUUUACAUAUUAUUGCUUAAUAGAAAAGGUUGAGCUUAUUAAGAGUAAGAAUAAUGAAAUAUUUUACAAGAUUAAUGGGUAAGAGUUCUUAAGAAAGGAUGUAUAUGGAAUGAAUGAUAGUGUUUUAGGAAAGAAAAAUGCUAGGUAAGACAAAAGAUUAAAUAAUUUUAGUGAAAAAGAGCCUAGUAGAAUAUGCUUAACAAAUAUAAUUGAUACAAUGGUUAAACCUUGUUAAUAUGUUAUUCUUUGUUAAGAUUAUUGUUAAAAUUUAAGAAUGACUGGUUGAAGAUGUUGUAUAUGCAGAACAGGUAGAUAAAAUUUAUUUUGUAGAGA